ACUCCACCAGAGGAAACAUUUAUUCCUCAUGGUCUUAGCGAAGUUGCCUCGCCGGCUGCUGUUGUCAGCUGCUGGACUGGAUCACACAGACAGUGCUGUGUGUCUGUGCUGGACCUGAGACCUGAGACCUGCACCGGUCUCUCACUUCUGUGAGUGCUUGAGCUCAGCUGUGUUUUCACUGUGAGUCAAAGUCCAGAAGAAGACAGUGAAAGAAUGCUGCACGCUGCAGCAGUCAGAUGUUCCCAGUUAAAGGUCCUGGCGUAGAGAGGUGGCUGUGAUAUUAUGACCUGGGAGCUGGGGAACUGCACAACAUCUACGGAUGAAGAAGCCAAUGAAAGAGGACUAGAAAUGUUGCGUUCUGCAAGGACCUCUUAAAAAGCCACUCAACUCACACAAUGAAAGAGUCAUUCAUGGCGUGCUAGGCCAGCGUUAGCCUGAAAAAGCAAAUGAGAUAUUAUUUUUCAUCAUUUGGCACCCAGAGAGUGGACGUAACCAAAUCGCCUGCUAGAUAACUGAUUGAAUUUUAAUGAGCAGCUAAGGCACAGAAGACAUCCCUGGAUGUACACGUGCAGCGAUAGCUUCAUGUGUUAUUAAGCUGCCAACACCUGGGUACACAGGGUGGCUUUCAUUUCUCUUGAAUCCCAAAGACAGUCAGAGGUGAUGGAGACACAGGCAGAAGGCCAGAGGGAGAAACUGAUUGCAGACAAGUACAAACCUGGAAAAGAGAUCGAGGGUGAGGACGACAAAGUCCCCGGAGCUUUCAACUGCAACAUCUGCGGGCGGAGUUUCCCUUUCCUCAGCUCUCUGUCGCAGCACAUGAGGCGGCACACGGGUGCGCGGCCGUACAAGUGCCCCUACUGCGACCACAGGGCCUCCCAGAAGGGAAACCUCAAAGUCCACAUCCGCAGCCACAAGCUGGGCACUCUGUCCAGCCACCACUCCAACGAGGAUGACGAGGGGGGAAACGAGGAGGAGGAGAUGAGGGUGUCGGAGGGUCUCGACGGAGGCACCAGCCCGACUAAGAGCAGCUCUGCCUGCAACAAAAUGAUCAACGGCGACACCGGCGAGGACAGCCGGAGGAAAGCCCCCGGGCGGAGCUUGAAACGGGACAAGGCCGUCACCAACCAGCGGCCUUUCUGUUGCCGUCUGUGCGGGUACGAGGCCCUGCGGGAAGACCAGCUGCUGAGCCACAUCGAGAAGGUCCACAUCACGGCCGACGCAGAGGAGGAACCGGUCGCCGUCAAGGAGGAGGUGGUGGCGGAGCCCGACACCGUCCAGCCCCAGAGCGACGGGACCUUCCCCUGCGAGACCUGCGGCCAGGUCUUCAGCCAGGCCUGGUUCCUGAAGUCCCACAUGAAGAAGCAUGCGGGAAUACUGGACCACUGCUGUCGGAUUUGUGGGAGACGCUUCCGCGAGGCUUGGUUCCUAAAAUCUCAUAUGAAAACACACAACACCAAAUCCAGGUCUCGGUCCAAGUCGGAUUUAGCCGAGCAUCCCGCCACCAUCAAUGACGUAGCUCAGGAUCCCGAUAUUGUUGCCGGUUCUGUUACAUCCAUCUAUCAAAUGUGCUCCAAAUGUGGGAACCUUUUUCUCAACAGAGAGAGCCUGAGAGCCCACGACAAAGUCCACUGUCUCAGCUACGGCAGGAAAUCUCCCAUCCAAUGCAGCCUUAGUGAUGACGAGGACUCGCCAGCUGCUAAAAGACGUUUGCUCGACUGUUUGAACCUGCGACCUGUUGAGGAAAAGACCCCGGGGGAAGAAGGGGACGCUGGGAAAAAGAUUCUGGGUCAGAGAAUCCCAGAACUAGACCCAGUUUGCAGUUACCAGGCCUGGCAGUUAGCCACCAAGGGCCGGGUCGUGGAGCCGGUGGAGCCCAGUUACAAGUCCUCCUGUGGAGGAGGGGGCAUGGGGGACGACGGCCUCGCCGGGGUCGCUGCGGUUUUUGAGAAGGAGGGUUAUGUCCUGCAAGGUCAGGAGAAACGCAGCUCGGGCCGGCGUAGCAGCACCGGGCUGGGCAGCCACAACUCUCCGGGGGACUGGUCCCCCGAGAGCCUCAGCGACUCGGAGUACCGGCCCUCGUGUCGUCAGGACAAGCGGCGACAAUCCCAGUCGCAGGCUUCGUCCAAGAUCAACGAGUGCUUUGAGUGCGGGAAGAUGUUUCGCAGUCGUCACCAGAUGAUCGUUCACCAGCGGGUCCACAGGAAGGACAGCGGCAGGACGUCGGUGGCGGACAAGGAGAGAACCACCAGGGACGAGCGAUGGGGGUCCACCAGCGACCCAGACUCAGGCUCUCCAAGCCGACCCAGCACCCCGGGGUACGGAGACUCCCCUCCCGCCUCCACUCUGGGCGUGCAGGCCUCUGAGAUGGGCACCUCAAACUCCGGAGAACCUGCAGAGGAGAAACCCUACAUCUGCAGCCUAUGCGACUUCGUCACCGCCGAGUUGCAGGCCUACUUGACUCACGUCCGUGUCCAGCACCCAGGUGUUUCCAAAGACAGACCCAGCCCCAUCCCAAGCCCCAGCUCCAGCCCGGACACCCCCAGCAGCUAUCCCAAACUCAAGAAAGCUUUUAUCCCGGAGAUAAACAACACUCCAUCGCCUCACUCGUACCUCGCAGCUUGUUCCUCUCCGGACGACCCCGCCAUGACCCCCGUGGAUCUAUGUGUGAGGGCGGAGGGCGCCAGGGGCGCGGCCUCCGCGAGUCUGGACAGGAAAAGCCUCCCGAGUCACAAGUGCUCCUUCUGCUCCCACUGCACCCACUACCCCGAGGUGCUGUGGAUGCACCAGACCGUGGCUCACCGCAUCAACAGCAGCAGCUCCAACAUCGCUCCCAAAUGGGCUCAUAAAAACAACUCCAAGGGCUCCAGAGACGGCCCCUUGUCCACGAGGAGACGCACCGGCCCCCCGCCGGUCCUGGACGGGAGGGAGUGUCAACCGCUGCCCCCGGUGAUGCGCUCGCAGCGGACCCGGCCUCCAGCCGGCUCCGCCGAGGCUCCGAAGAAGAGCAAGCCGGCCGGCCACACAGCCAGUUCAUCCUCAUCCUCCGCGUCCACCCCCUGCCCCUCGUCCUCCAGAGGCCCCUCGUCCUCGUCCUCCAGCCCAGCCGGGAGGGUCCCAGCGCGGCCCGUCAGCAGCAGCAGCAGCAAACACUCGGAGGAGCAGAGUCCUCGCUUCAGACCCAAGGCGGACGUUUACCCCCGGGGCAGCUCGCUGGGAUCCUCCGGCUCCCUGGAAAAGACCACGGGGAGCUUCUCCCGCUCCGCGGCCCCGAAACCCGGCCCCGGCCCCGCCGCCGCCUCCAGGAUGGCCGACCGCUACGCCAUGCCUCAGGAAGGCCUGGGCUUCAUGCUGUCCAGCAAACACGGCCUGUCGGAGUACAGCCGAGCCCGCAGCUCCCCUCACAAACCACCACACAACUCCCGCGGUCAGGUGCGGGCCAAGGCCUCGAGGCCCGUCACCCACGCUCCCAGCGCAGCGCCCGGCUACGGCGGCUCCCACGCACACGGAGGCGCUCUGCAGAACUCCUCCUCCUCCUCCUCCUCUUCCUCAGCACCUUCAGAAGCUCACGGGGAUGUGGUGCGGGAGCCGAUGGCGGAGACGCCGGAGAUGCCGCCCGACGUCCUGGGCUACCUGAAGAACUACAGCCCGCACGAGCUGGCGGCGCUGUACCACCGCUGGGGGGCGGCCAACGCCAUGCUGGACCCCACAGGCAUGCUGCGCUCCCUCAUGCGGCAGGGCCAGUAUUUCUGCCACGAGUGCGGGAAGAGUUUCAGUCAGCCCAGCCACCUGCGCACGCACAUGAGAUCCCACACAGUUGGGUUUGAUUAUAACGGACUCCACAGAGGUACUGACGCUCACACCAUCGCUUCUGAAGCUCCCAAACAAGGGAAAGGCCGUUCUGCUGCCAGCUCUGCCCAUACCGAGCAUCUCAGAAAGGGAACCUAAAGACGCACGUCCAGAGCGUCCACCACAUGCCUUUUGACAACAGCCGGUAUCCGGACUCCAAGAGCUCGCUGCUGAGCCAGGACGAGCCCGGAGCCGUGGCUACCAAACACUCAUCAUCACCGCCAUAGCAACAACCCGGAGACGCCGUCUACUGACCCCAACACGGACCCCAACACGGACCCCAACAUGGACCCGAGAACCAGCCGAGUCCGGGACCCGCCGGACCACAAAACUCUGUCACCGUCAUUGAAAACCGGAGCUUUGAACGCAGCACCCACGAUUUCUUUAAACUUCUCCUCUCCACCCACCGUUCUUUGAUGACCUUAGAAGAAAGUUUUACAGAGAAGCCUCUUGUAGUUUAUAUAUAUUUUUUUUCCUUUUUUGAAGAGGCUAACGAAAACUCUGCAAUGAAAUUUUAAACUUACACAGAGACGCUGCAGCCGGAGAGAGUGUCUUUCCUCGGAGUGGAAACUCUUCUAAGUGAAAGUGCUUUUUUUUCCAAAAGCAAAGACACAAAGAGUGAAAUAUUUAGCGCCUUUUUAGCAGGAAACAAACCAACGUUCAGUCUCCUGCUCGUUUUUGGUCUUCUUUGAUAUAAAGGCACUUUCGAGGAACUCUUCAUCUGGAAGCCACUCGGACUUCACAAACCUGCUCCUCCGCUGCAAUUUUGGAAAUUCAAGAAAGUUAAGUGCAGCCUUACAAGAAAGAUAAAGUUUAUACAUUUAAAAACAAACAAAAAACAGCGGAAAAACUGAACUCAUAUCCAGCUGCUUGCCUUUUAAUCAAGGACCGUGGCAUUGCUCCAGUUUGCCCCUUCACCACUUUCAUUUUUAGCUUUAUUGUAUGUGAGAGUUUGUACGUUUCUCAGGGCAACAGUCACAAAGCCACAGCGAGAGAAGACGCGCUGCAGGUCACCGACAGACAUCUGACACGCCACAAGUCCGGACUCCAAUGCAGGAGAUGGGGGAAAAAAACAACAACAAAACCCCCAUCUUUGUGUUUGUGUGUCGGUGUGCACGAGUGUGUUAAACUCACUUCCCUCCACUCCACGGCGUGCUGUCGUGGUGGGAGUGCAGAAACUGCUCAGAGGCUGUGCAGCUGAUGAUUAGAAGAAGUGAGGGAGGAUUAGAGAGGAAAAAAAGAGCCCUAAUGGCGGUCUGCUUAAGUGCCCAUUAAAAGGAAAGAAAAAAAAAGCUUGUGUUUUAGCCAAUAUAAAUGAACAUCCACUUCUCGCUGCCAUUCAGUCUUUGUCCGUCUCACAGUUCAGGACCGAGGUUUUUCCUCUAAAGCGCUCAUAUUAGUGUUUCUGAUUCACGCGGCCCCUACUUUGUAUUAGUCCCAGCUGACGUCAGCUCCAGACUGAAUAGGUUACACUGUAACACAAGCAGUCGAAAACAAGAAGAUGGUACCACAAAAGGAAA